AUGACAAUGCAACGGCUGGUUGGACGAGGACCUCGCGAACGGAAAAAUCUCAUACUGUCUUUCAAUCGCCGGCGUUUAACCUGCCGGGGCGAACCCAUUAUUCUGUGAUAUUCUCUCAUUAUUCUUCCACCCUACCAGCUUCACAUGUACAAAGAAACCCCAUCAAAAAGUAUUCCCUUUCCUUAGAUUCCACUUCCUCGACCCCGUGCGGCGGUGGGCUCUCUCUCUUGUGGACCCAAAAAAUCCGGCAACCUCUCCGCCUCCGGGAGAGUCCACCGCCCAGUCGCCGCCCUUCCGUCGUUUAGCCAGGCGCCACCGCCCCUUGGCAAACCCAACAGGCCACCCCAGCCACACACCGCGGUCUCGACGACCAGCCGUGAACAGGAAGGCUUCUGGGGGAGUUAAUGGCCCGACUACGAAGCCCAGAUAUGACUUGAGAUCAAAAAGUCAAAGGACUUUUAAUUACCCAUCGCCGUUUCUUGCCGCUGAGCGAGAACGUAGACUUUUUUGUGGCCAAAUUCAUGCUGUGGAGGACGUUGGCCGACGCCAUCAUCGCAAGCGUCUUCCUCGGCUUCAUAAAAUACUUUUUUUUAAAUUAGCUUUAAAUUUAGAUGUUAAAUUUAUCUGUCAAUAUAAAUAUGUAUUUCGUUUGGGGACUAAUUUUAAAUAAUAAUAAUAAUAAUAAUAAUAUGCUUUAUAAAACGAGGUUGGGUUGGGAAGUAGUAAGUAGCCCAUGAACGGUAAUACUCCCUCAUAUUUUUUAUUUUUUUUAAAGCAAGUAAAAUAGACAAAUAUUAUACUUUGUAGAGUUGGGCCUCAUUUUUUGUGUACAAAAAUACAAAUUAUGAGGAUUUUCUCCAAACCCAAUAAUUAAAUAAUGGGCUUUGUGCACAUCUACCAGUUACUUGGAUUUAUGAUCCUCAAAGUUUAAAGUAAAAAAUUAUUUACCGGAAAUUUGAUCAAAUUGAAUAUUUAA